UUAAGAAGAAAGCUGGGGGCUGGAUAACUAAUGGGUCUAAAGAAAAACAUUGUGGUUUUGGUUAUGAUAUUGUCGGUAAGAUGAAGAUAUCUAGAUCUUUCUUCUCAGAGUUGAAUGCUGAUGGCUGUAAUGACCAAUUUAUGGUAAUAGAAUCUGUCUUAUUUGAUGUUAACGUCGCUGAAGGGAACAAAGGAGCACCAGAAGUUUCACCAAACAGGGAGCUUGCUGCCAUUAUCUUUAAGGAGCCAGCUGCAAAAUGGAAUAAUAGGGAAUCAAUAGUAGGUCACACAUGCAAACAAAAAGGUUUUCUUGGCUUUUCACCAGGCAGUACCUAUGGCUAUGGUGAAAAAGAGAAUUUCAGCAGUAUAACAGUCAUUCUUCCUGGCGGUUUUCAUAGUUUACCAAAGGAUGGUGCACCUUCAUCCUUGAUUCAGCGCUGGAAAUCUGGGGGAUCAUGUGAUUGUGGAGGAUGGGAUGUUGGUUGCAAGCUGAAAGUUCUUGCCAACCAGAAGAAAGGAAGCAACUCUUCUAUACCAGCUACGAGCUGCUCGACACUACACCGUAUGAAUCUUUUCAUCCAGGGUGGAGAGGGAAAAGGCCAGCCCAUCUUCAGUUUGGCACCAUUCAAAGAUGGAUUUCAUUCAAUUGACUUUGAUGCAUCAGUUUCCUUGCUAGAAGCAUUCUCUAUUUGCGUGGCUGUCAUAACGAGUCGACACUUAUCUGGCAUCUUUGAUGGUAACCUUCUGCCAGAAGCAAAAGUUUCUGUGGAAGCCAAGAAUGAGGACGUUGACAUGAAGAACAUGAGCAUAACCCCAGGCCAGGUCCCUCCAAAAUAUGUUUCAUCGCCUCCCCCCUCACCAGUAGGGAGGAUUUGAGUGCCUGAUUAUUGGGAGUUUGGCUCGCUAGGUGUAAAUAAGAGAUUUUAAGACCCAAGGAACAAGUGUACAUCUGACUAGACUGCUAGUUUGCAGUGAUUUUCACACCUAGACUUCCGAAAUACAGAAGUCAGCUAGUAAGGAAUUGUAUUGGCCUCUGUAAUUUGUUACAUGUAUAUGUAGGCAAUAAUACUACUCAUGCUAAAAAAACACAUGGAGAACUAGAUUGCAUUCUGCAACCUGAACUCCUGGAACUACUUGCAUAUACUGGAGACUUUCUUAUCCGUUAGAAAUGGACAGUUCAAAUAUGUUACUGGACA